AUGGCGAGCAAGGCGGCUAUCAAGCGCCUCACCAAGGAGGCGCAGCUCAUGGACAAAGACCCUCCACCGCUCGUCUACGCUCGACCUCGCGAGGACAACAUCCUGGAAUGGCACUACAUCCUCCGCGGCCCUCCCGAUACGCCAUAUGCGGGAGGUGAAUACCACGGUCAGCUCCUCUUUCCGCCCGAAUUCCCCUUCAAGCCACCUGGGAUCAAGAUGCAGACGCCGAGCGGUCGGUUUGCGCCCAACACCAAGAUCUGCACCUCGAUGAGCGAUUACCACCCACACACCUGGCAACCGGGUUGGAACACUUCAACCAUCUUGAUCGGUUUACUGUCGUUUAUGUGCUCGGACGAGAUGACUACGGGCUCAGUCACCGCAUCGGAGGCGGAUCGUCGAAAGCUUGCGGCGCAAUCGCAUGCGUUCAAUCUGACACAGAAGAAGUUUUGCCAGAUCUUUCCGGAAUACGCUGAUGCGCAGAUCAAGGAUCUGCCCAACAUGGGCGAUAAGAAGCCGGUGCAGGGAGACGCUGGUGGCAGCGGCGACGUAGCGUCAAGUCAGACGGGGAUGCAAAAGGAAAAGGUGCGAUCCGAUCUGGCUGCACCAUCGCUGGCUUCGGGUUCUGCUUCAUCGCAGGGCCUAAGACCUCGAACAGCACCAGCGAUCACAGAACCGAUACGAGCGGACGAAGCAGCGCGGCAGCACAACCAUCCGAAUCGGCGUCGAGACGUGUUGGGCGUACGUAGCUCCCUGGUGGUGCUCGCGGUGCUAGCAUAUCUCUUCAUCAGCCGUGUCGUCAACGCCAGUGCGAACGGUAUCAUCUGA